UGAUCCUCUCACAUUCAGGCCUCCCACGCGUGGCGUCCACGCUCCCAUUUAUGAACCGACCGAUUCAAGUGAAGCCCGCGGACAGCGAGAGCCGGGGAGAGGACCGCAAGCUGUUCGUCGGCAUGCUGGGAAAGCAGCAAACAGACGAGGACGUCCGCAGGAUGUUUGAGCCCUUCGGGAACAUAGACGAGUGUACGGUCCUCCGGGGACCAGACGGGACCAGCAAAGGUUGUGCAUUUGUGAAGUUUCAGACACAUUCAGAGGCGCAGGCGGCCAUCAACGCACUUCACGGGAGUCGGACACUGCCGGGAGCCUCCUCCAGCCUGGUGGUGAAAUUUGCCGACACGGAGAAGGAGCGGGGGCUGCGCCGGAUGCAGCAAGUGGCCAAUCAGCUCGGCAUGUUCAGCCCCAUCGCCCUCCAGUUCGGGGCGUACAGCGCGUACACCCAGGCACUAAUGCAGCAGCAGGCCGCCCUGGUGGCCGCGCACAGUGCUUACCUCAACCCCAUGGCCACCAUGGCCGCCGUCCAGAUGCAGCAAAUGGCGACAAUCAACCCCAACGGGAUCAUAGCCACUCCCAUCACCCCAAUCACAUCCUCUUCAGGUACCAGUACACCACCCAAUCUUGCAGCCACACCAGUAUCAGCCAUUUCUGCAACAUUGGGAGUUAACGGCUACAGCGCAGUGCCCACGCAGAGCAGCGUUCUCUCGCAGAAUAGCUCGGAGGCUAUCUAUACCAAUGGCCUUCACCCAUAUCCAGCCCAAAGUCCGGUGACCCAAUUGGACCCUCUUCAGCAAGCCUAUGCUGGCAUGCAGCACUACACAGCUGCCUAUCCUGCAGCCUACGGCCUGGUGAGCCCAGCUUUUACGCAGCCUCCACCAUUAUUAACCCAGCAGCCCCCACAACAGCAACAACAAAGAGAGGGUCCGGAGGGCUGCAACAUUUUUAUCUACCACCUGCCCCAAGAGUUCACGGAUUCGGAGAUCCUUCAGAUGUUCCUACCAUUCGGUAACGUCAUCUCCGCCAAAGUGUUUGUAGACAGAGCCACCAAUCAGAGCAAGUGCUUCGGCUUUGUAAGUUUUGACAAUCCCGGCAGUGCCCAAGCUGCCAUUCAGGCCAUGAACGGUUUCCAGAUUGGUAUGAAGAGACUCAAAGUACAACUAAAGAGACCAAAAGAUGCCAACCGGCCCUAUUGAGGAGUUCAGGUGUACCUGAUCUGGGGGUCCUGAGGGGAUAUCGGGUCCAGCCCCUUCCUCCCCCCCAUUUUUCUUUCCGCACCUCGCGAAGGACUCCAAAAAUUCCUUUUACUGCUGCUGGACCAAGACGGACAUUUUUCAGGGGGGAAAAAAAAUCUCGGAACUGUUAAAUCCAGUCAGAUCGCCCAAGCUUUAACCAGCAAGGACCUCUGGACUCAAACCCAACCGUUCUUCCCCCACCCGGAGAGGCGGCGAAACUGGAACAUUCCUGGAUCUGCACACACACACGCGCAUUACCGAAGCGGGCAGGGUACGUUUCCGCUUCCGACCUCCGCAGCUGGGCGCUGGAUUUAUUUUUUAAAUGUUGAGUGAAAAAAGAAAAAAAAACUGGGAAAAAAAGUACCGCGUUGAAAAUAAACAAAAACAGCAGCGAAAGGUCUCUGCUGUGGACUGAGAAGAUGAAGUAGUUGAACGGCACAGGAUCCAUUUUUUGUAAUAAGGUUCCUUUUUUUUUUUCUUUAUUUCUUUUCCUCGGCAAUUCUUGUAAAAAAAAAAAA